AACUCUCCUCCUGUAGGUGAUCAGAUACUCUCACCAAUUUCUUUUUCUUUUUUCUUUUUGCCAGUAGCUUACAUGCACACAUGACAAGAAGCAGGCUGACAUCGCUUGACAUUUCUCUGCUUCCUCAUUUCAAUAUUAACUGUUUACCAGAAGAGAAACAGGUCUGGGGCUAGGGUGUUUCUCUUUUUUUUUUUUUUUUUUUUUUUUUUUUCUUGUGAGUGAGGAUUUUUUUUCCCUCUCUGUUCACAGUAACAGAUCAUGACACAGAGCUUCCUCAAACUGCCCAAUGCUGUUUUUCACCAACUUGAAUUUAGAGCAAACAGGAGUGUGGAAGUAUUUAACUUUCUGCUGUAGCCGGUGCAUGGUAAGGACUGCAAAGCUGAGUGCUGCUGCUAAUCUGUUCUCAGAACAAACCAGUUGAAGGAAUUUUCCCCCCUCCAUAAUUCAGUAAUAAUGACACAGCUGCAGUUUAAAGAUGCAUUUUGGUGCAAAGAAUUUACAGUCCACACUGGCUAUGAAGUGCUCAUACAGCGACUGUUGGAUGGGAGAAAGAUGUGCAAGGAUGUGGAAGACUUGUUCAAACAGAGGGCACAAGCAGAAGAGCGAUAUGGGAAAGAGCUGGUUCAGAUUGCCCGAAAAGCAGGAGGACACACGGAAAUCAACACACUGAAGGCAGCAUUUGAGGUCCUAAAACAAGAAAUUGAAAAUGUUGGAAACUCACAUAUUCAGCUGGCAGUAAUGCUGAGGGAUGAACUGAAAAGAAUAGAGGAGUUCAGAGAAAGACAGAAGGAGCAAAGAAAAAAGUAUGAGUCUGCAAUGGAUCGUGUGCAAAAGAGCAAGCUGUCCCUUUAUAAGAAAACUCAAGAGUCAAAAAAGACCUACGAGCAGAAGUGCAAGGACGCGGAUGAGGCUGAGCAAACCUCUGAGCGGAUAAGUGCUUCGGGCAACCAAAAGCAAACAGAAAAGAGUCAAAACAAAGCUAAGCAAUACAGAGAUUCGGCAAAUGAAGCAGAGAGGGUGUACAAGCAAAACAUAGAGCAGCUGGACAAGGCCAGGACUGAAUGGGAGCAGGAACAUAUCAAAACCUGCGAGGCCUUUCAACUCCAGGAGUGCGACCGUAUCACCAUCCUCCGGAACUCCCUAUGGGUUCACUGUAACCAAUUCUCCAUGCAGAGUGUGAAGGAUGAUGAGCUGUAUGAAGAGGUUCGGCUUAGCUUGGAAAACUGUACUGUAGAAUCAGACACGAACUGCUUUAUUAAGAAUAAAAUGACAGGAACAGAGCCACCAGGUCCAAUAGGAUAUGAAAAUUAUUAUGACAGAGAACCUCCUAAAGGCAGCCCAACCCAGUCUUGUGGGAUGAUUAAAAAAUUCUCUGGAUUAUUGCAUGGAAAUAGCAAAAACACCAGUGAACCCAUCAUUCCCACAGCCCCGCCUCUUGCAGAGAAAACAGAUGGGGUCUAUGCAUCCAUUAAUGUGGGUGAACACGCAGCAGCCACAUCAUCACAGAACUACAGAGUGCUCUAUGACUACACAGCCCAGAACACUGAUGAACUGGAUAUCAAUGAAGGAGACAUCAUAGCAGUCAUUGAAGAAGGCGAGGAUGGCUGGUGGACAGCAGAGAGGAAUGGUCAACAAGGAUUUGUGCCAGGGUCCUACCUUGAAAAGCUUUGAUGAAAAGCUGCACUUGUUUCAAGGCUCUAGUUUAAAGAUACCUUAUUACUCAAAAUACUGGACAUGGCCAGCCAUGACUGACCAGGAGGAGCCCAUGACUUCUAAAAUCAUCAUUUGGGGGCUAACAAAAUGACAUUUUUUCUACAUCUUUCCCUCCACACUGAAGUAGUUUUUUCCCAGAGAGGCAAGAGGGGGUUCUUUUUUUCACAAAGUUCUCUCCUCUCUUCCCUCCUUCUCCCUCACUGCCACUGUGACUUACCUAUCAACAUUUUACAUUGAACAGAGUACUUCAAUGUUAGAAGCAUGGAGGAGAGAAAAGGGGAAGAAUCUACUUAACUGCACUAAAAGAUUACUUUCAAGAGUAGAAAAUGAGGACCAUUCCUCUGUAAUUUUGUGCCACCCCGAUUAGGUUUUUUAAUCACUUCCAUGGCCUUUUCUACCAAAUAGCAAUUUUCUUCUUCAAUGGUGUAAGCAACUUUGACAUCCUUGCUGACAGUAUGCCAUUUGGGGGGCAGAUACAUGUAUUUUAGUGGUUUGAAUAAAGACAGCUUUGUCAUACCUAGGUCUUGGCUGUACAACGCAAAAUGGAGGUUCAUCCAAUAGGCACAAAGGGACAAGGAUGGAGACUCCUUAGUUAUUCUGAACUUAUUUAUUCUUUACCCAUAAUUAUCAUGAAAGAGAACUGAUAGAACUGAUAGAAAAUCAUAAACCCAAGAUGUAGCUCCAAAAACCAUUCUGACAUGAAGAAAAUAUAUGCCCUUACCAAUCAUCACCAACUCCUCCUAUGAUUUGUUAAACCCCAAGUCUUCCACAACCCCAGCUUUGCAUUGGAUCCAAAAGCAAUGAGGUGAUAUUAGAUAACUGAGACCGAGCGUGGCCUUUGCUCUCUUUGAUGGAUUGUGUCAGACCUUAUCAGUUCUUUCAUGCACCUUAUAGACUAAUUGAAUCAAAGAUGCAUUAGCUUUGUGAGCAACAGCUUACCCUGUCAGAUGCCACUUAUGAAGUGAGCUGUUGCUCACAAAAGCUUAUUCAUCUCUGAUUCAGCAAGUCUGUAUCAGUGAGUUUCAACCAGGGUGCUGUGGCACCCUGGGAUAUCUUGGGAUCCUUUCAAAGGUGCUGCAGUAUGCUGCACAAUGUUAGCAUUGUUAGGUGGGCAACCAUGAUUCAAAAGAUAAACCCAUAAUUUUCACAUUGCAAACCCUAGUGUUAAAAACAUUCUGACCUAUUUUGAUCUUUCUGAGUUCUUUGCAACAGAAGAAUUGCUCUUUUUUAUUAUAGAAAAAUAAUAGAGUGAAAGCUAAGAGCAGGCAUUUGCAGAGGGGUGUGUCAAGUUUAAAACGGUUGAGAAUCACUGGUUUAUAUGGUGCAUCCCUCACCCUACCUUCUGCCUAGGACAGCUCUCUUUCAUCGUCUUCCAUGUUUAAAAAUAAAAUACGUGAAGCCUUUCACUGUAGCAGCACCACCCAAAAUAGCUGAGCUCUAAUUUGAAGCUGUCAAUCACAUCCUAGACUCCCAAGCAACUGGCACAUAUAAAACUAAUCCCCCAUCCCAUCUUCCAGCCUGCCUGAUCUUCUCUUUCUCCCUUUCAAGAUCUGACCUCCUCAAAAAUCUCUGAGAUCCUUGUCAUAGAUCUGUCCUGGUUCCUUUUACCUCCCCCACAUUGCAUUCUCACAUUAACAAAGCUCUCUUAAGCAAAUCUGAGCAUUUUGCAUGCAAAAGCUUGACUUCUCCACAGGUCAGAGCAUUUCUAGUCUCUCAGGUGACUGGUAUUUGGGAAUCCUUCUCAAAAAAUCAUAGUAUUUACCCAACAGACCAUAUGAUCUCCCUUUAGCAUUUAGAGACAACAAAACCCUUCAGGGAUUUGCUUAAAGAAAACUAUUUACUGGGGACAGAAUGAACUUACUAUUUUCCAAAAUCUCAGAUUUAAACUGAAGCAAACCCACAGUUAAGAAGCUCAAAUGAUCACUAGAAAUGGAUAAAGUGAGGAGACACAUUCAGCUUGGAGUCAAGAUCUUAAAGCCAAAAAGAAAUCUAUAUGAAAAUGCAACAACAAUCACUGGGACUGUUUCACAAACUCAUCAGGGGAGAUCAACAGCAAGUAGGCAGAGCCCUUUUCUCCCCAGCACCACCUGGGGUGAUGAGGAACAAUGGUAAUAAGCUGAUGGAGAAUAGGUUUAGGUUGGAGAUGAGGAGGCAAUAUUUUACAGUUAGGGUGGCCAAAAUCUGGAACCAACUUCCCAGGGAAGUGGUCCUCGCCCCUACCUUGGGCAAAUUCAAGAGGAGGUUGGACGAUUACCUGUCUGGGGUCUUGUGAACCCAGCAUCCACUCCUGCCUGUGGCAGGAGGUCAGGCUAGAUGAUCUGUUCAGGUCCCUCCUGACCCUAGCUACUAUGAAACUAUGAAACAAAUGAAUCAGCACCCACCCAUAACAGCUUUUAAUCCAUCUCUUUGGUCGGAAACUAAGUACCACAGCCCCCCAUCCUUUGGAGUGUUCAUUCAAUAUGAACUCUCUCACCUCCACCAGUUGUCACUCUUACGACUUCCCUGCCAGAAUUUCUAUCCACUUCUAAUCCUGGCCUGCAGCAUACAUAGAAGUACCUGGCAUAGGCUAAUGUCUCACAUAAAGAAGGUAACAGAAGUUGCAGAGAGGGAUGGCUUCCCAGUGCUGGUCAAAAAGCAAGGCAGAGAAUAAGCAGCUCUGUGGGGCCCAGGCUGUCUUUGUUUUGCUUGAGUAUACUGUACAUGGAGCUAAUACUGGAUUUGGGCUCCUAGGCACUAAUCAUAAUGUAAGCAGUAAUAAUGAUGUGCUCUGUGCAGGCUGAUGGUGCCAGGAGGAUAUUUCUCUGGCUAUGUUUCAAUUUUAUAGCUAUGGAAUUGUGGGUUCCAGUAGGCCAUGGCACUGUAUGCCAGCUGUCUGAAUUACUUAUUAUGUAGCUAAUCAAACACCUGUAAUCACCUUGAAACAAAAACUAAAGUAUAGAAAAUUCAGAUAUUUGCCUCCUUUAACAGUGAACCCAUUAAAACAGAAUUGCAGUGAAUACAUACAUACAUACAUACAUACUGGCAGACAUUUUGCAAGUGAUUGUAAUAAAAAAGAAUAUUUCCUUCAAGACCUUGUGUGAUUUAUAAAUAUGUAAUACAAAGAUACUCCAUUAAGACUACAUCUAUCUCUGGGUUUCAUACCAAAUACUGGAACAUUACUUCCAGCUACUAUGUCCUGCAGUAGGUGAGCUGUUAUCUGUAUUUUCUGAUUAUAUGUCUCAGCUGACAGCCCCUCUUAUAGGCUGCCUGCUACCGAAACCUCAUAAAAUCAUUUUACACUGUCACUUGGUUGUGAAAACUUGCUCAUCCCUACCAGUUUUUCCCCAAUUAAGUGAAAUAAAUUAUAUGCAGAAGGCUUUA